AGGAGAUUCAGCUAAUUAGUAUCAAGAUGGCACAAUUAAUACGGCAGCGAACGUGAAACAUUGGUCACACUAAGACGUGGGACUUUUCUUGGCAAUGCAAGUUCCAUCUUUAUUAGGCUUAGUCCAGCCUGCCGUCGCAAUGGAUGACUUCCGGCCCCCGGAAAGCGUCAAGUACAUUGCUGACGCCAAUGCAGAUCAUACUAUCUGCUUCCUUCCCCUGCGGUUCGCGCACCAUUCUACAGCUCAAGCUGUCUCUCGUUUCCCUCUCAAUUCCAUACGCAACAUCGCACGAUGGCUUCAACGCUGCGACAAAACCCCGACCGAGGUGGCUAGUGAGCCUCUUACCAAUCACGAUAUGAUGGCCAUUAUGAAAUCAACAACACACGAAAGAGGUAAAGGGAACGAUGAUGACCCGUGUAAGAACGAUGUCAUGAAGGAUGACUGGGUCGAUGAGACUACUGCUUGAAGCACAGUAAUUUUCCCAUAUUAUGCCGUCGACGUCUUAUGGUGUUGAUAAGAGAGAACGGGAAAGGAAGGGAAAGAGAGGGAAAGGGAGGGAGAGGGAAAG